AUCCUCAUUCAGACAUGGACCAACUGGCCUUGGUGACGAUGGCUGUGCUGCUCUGCUCUUCACCUUUGGCAGAUGGAGGGAAGGUCCUGGUGUUUCCUUUAGAUGGAAGCCACUGGAUCAACAUGAAGGUCAUAAUCGAGGAGCUUCACUCCAGAGGCCAUGAGAUCACAGUGCUGCGACCGUCAGACAGCUGGUACAUCAAAGCUGAUUCCCCUCAUUACAAGUCCAUCACCAUGAACUCCUCUGGAGGUUUUGAUGAGGAAGAAUUUUCAUCAUUUUUAAACACAAUGAUUACCAUGGAGAAACAGGGUGUUUCAAUUUGGACCCGCUUGUCUUCAGAGUAUGAAAUGCUGACUCAGAUGUAUAUGUGGCACAGGCAGCUUAUUCAGGCGCUGGAGGAGAUGUUUGAGGACACUGAAUUGAUGCAGAGUCUCCAUGAGGCCAAAUACGAUCUAGUUUUAACAGACCCUGCAAUUGGUGGAGGGGUGCUGCUGGGUCACCGUCUGGGUCUCCCACUUGUCUUCAACGUGAGGUGGACUGUUCAGGGAGAGGGACACCAGGCAAUUGCACCUUCCCCACUCUCCUAUGUGCCCAUACCCCAGAAACAGCUGACUGACAAGAUGACCUUUAAUCAGCGAGUCAUGAACCUUCUUUACUACAUCUAUGCACUGUUCCAGACAUGGUACGCCGUAGAUCCAAACUACAAACCUUUUGUGCACCGUCACUUUGGCAGUGACGUCCAUUACAUGGAGCUGUUUCAGUCAGCCGACAUUUGGCUGAUGAGGAACGAUUUCACCUUUGAGUUUCCUCGACCCACGAUGCCAAAUGUCGUCUACAUGGCCGGAUUUCAGUGCAAACCCUCCAAGCCCUUGUCUAAAGAACUGGAGGACUUUGUCCAGAGCUCAGGUGAACAUGGCGUCAUUAUCAUGACACUGGGAACCCUGGUGGGGCAACUCCCUGAGGACAUCGCUGAGGACAUUGCCGCUGCUUUCGCUCAGCUUCCUCAGAAGGUGAUCUGGAGGCACACGGGCAAAAGACCGUCCAGCCUCGGCAACAACACCUUACUGCUGGACUGGCUGCCACAAACCGACCUCCUGGCUCACCCCAAGACCAGAGUGUUUGUGGCCCACGGAGGCACCAAUGGGAUCCAGGAGGCCAUCUACCACGGCGUCCCCCUGCUCGGCCUGCCCCUCAUGUUCGACCAGCACGACAACUUCUUCAGGAUGGAGGCACGAGGUGUGGCCAAAGUCCUCGACAUCGCGACUGUGAACAGAGACAACUUCCUGGAGGCACUGAAGGAAGUUCUCCACCAACCCAGCUACAGGGAGAAGAUGAAGACGCUGUCCAGUCUGCACAGAGAUCAGCCCAUGAAGCCACUGGACCGAGCCAUGUUCUGGAUCGAGUUCGUCAUGAGGCACAAAGGAGCGUCGCACCUGAGGACAGAGUCCUACAAGAUGUCCACCAUCCAGUACUACUCUGUGGACGUGCUGGCCUUCCUGCUGGCAGUGGUUCUGCUAGUAUUCACUGCGCUUAUCUCUGCACUCAAGUGUUUGUGGCGAAGGAGUUUUUCUCGUAGCAAAGCAAAAGAAGAAUGAUGGACCUGCUGCAACAUUGUUAAGAAGUUGUCUUAUGUUGGAUUUUCCUUGUUCUGUUGUGUCAUGAACUCAUAUAAUAACUACAGACCUCAUAGCAUUUGAGCAUUAGCCAGCAGAAUCUUUGAAUGUUUGAGAUAUUGUCCUUCUACAAAUAUUAAUACAUUUUAUAAGAAUGAGGACAUUACUAAUUGUUUUUAGCUGUUCCAUACGUUUCUUUUGUCUUAAUGCUGAUAAAUAAAAACUAACCAAGUUAACUAAGGCUCUACAGUUUAAUAAGCCUUUGUGUAUUGUUUGUGUACAGGAUGUUACAUAGUUGUUAUUAGUAUGCAUUAUUUCACUUUGCAUGUGUGGUUGGACAGUCAUUGCAAACUAUUUUUAGGAGCAGCAGCUGAUGCCUGGAAGCUCACUGGUUGGACUAAAGAUGCUGUAAGUACUGUAAGUGUACAGUAAACAUGGUUGAAGUUAAUUUUUUUUGGAGCUUUGUGU